AUGACUACAGAGGGAGGGGGAUGGACGGUAAUUCAAAAACGACUGAAUUGGAGUACAAAUUUCUAUAGAACCUGGAACGAAUAUAAAGCUGGCUUUGGGGAUCCUAGCAAAAACUAUUGGAUAGGAAACGACGCUUUACAUUUACUCACAAAGAAUGGAAAGCAUGAGCUACGAGUGGAUCUCCAGAGAUUUAAUGGUCAGAAAGGGUUCGCCAAGUACUCCAGUUUUGCUAUUGGUGAGGAAGGAAGUAAAUACAAACUCAGUGUGUCUGGGCACAGUGGCAUAGGUGACAGUCUCAUUCAUCACAGUGGAAUGAGAUUUACCACAAAAGAUCAAGACAAUGAUCUUUACAGCUCUAACUGCGCGGUACUUUAUAAAGAGGGAUUGUGGUAUAAGAGCUGUCAUCAUUCUGAUCUGAACGGACUGUAUGCUCAGUCGCCAAUUCAGGAUCCCAAAUACAAUACGUGGCGUGGUUGGUUUAAUGAAGCACUGAAAAGAUCAACAAUGAUGAUGAGGCCAUCAGUAUAGAGAAGAAAUUUAUUCAAGGAGUAAAUAAACUUAUAUAUAAAGCAAAUAUAUGUUUUCAAAUCUUUUUAGAUCACAUAUAUCCAUAAACGAGGAUGAAGGUUACGGAGGUAAGGAAAAGUAUUCAAUAUCAAAGUCCAUAAAACAAUACAAAAUAGGAGCAGAGCAAACAUUGACCUCUGAAACAUCAGAGGUGGAAAUCAGGUACCAUGGAUGAGUGAACAUCCCCUGCUAACCAGUCACACCCGCCUUUGCUCCUUGUCAUGAUCGGGAAAUAACGGAAAAAAUCCGUCGUCAAUUCAGUGUAUAAAUAAUGGACUAACAGUUACAUGUAGUAUGAAAAACGUCAGUCAGUAUUUGACUUAAUGAUAAAUUGUAUUUGCUGACAAGGUCAUUGUAUUGACCAUGGAACUUACGAAAUGAUGACUUUAAACGAGAAUGCUGAUAUUCAUCAACUUGCUUGUCAAUAAUUUACCUCGUUCGAGAAAAUUCUCAUA